CCCCCCCCCCAAAUUCUCCCCCCGUCUCCAGCCCGGCUGAGUGCUGCUGCUGCACUGCUGCUGUCCGUUCCCCCCGGAUUUCGUCUUUCCCAGCAGCUGAUACACCCUCUUGCUCUUCCUCCUCCGCUUCCUCCUCUUCUUUCUCCCUCCAACCCAUCCCAAUGGAGUCCUCACAACUCGCCCAGCUCGCCAGACGGGCUGCCGCCAUCCCCCUCCCUCUCUGGGCGCGUGGCAGCGACUCGGAUUCCUCCAGUUCCUCGGAAAAGCCCGUCAGCAACUUCCUCAAGAGCGGUGUGCCGGGCAUCAUCGUGGGCGUAUUCUUCCUCUCAGCAGUCGGGGUCUGCUGCUACUUCCUCUAUCGCAACAAGAAACGCGACGCCAAAGAGGAGGCGUCGGUGCGCGAAUGGAAUGAGGCCUGAUCGGGGAUCGGCAGGAUCAGCCUGGCUGCCCCCGGAUGAUCCUCCAUCUUCCUCCUCCCCCC